UCCUGGUAUUGGAAGCCUGUACCAAGAAGAUGAGCAGCAUAGAAAUCAUCACAUUCCCUGUAGUUGUUGCCGAUUCAAGGCAUAGACUCAAAACUGGAAAGAAGCAGGCCCAAACGGGUGAAUUCCCUCAAUGUGGCAGAACAGAACUGGCAAGGAAGCAUGUGGAUAAUAAACCUCCCAGUACCCAGGUCCACCACUACUUCAAGGUCACCAAGAUACAGAAGUUAAAACUUCCCAAGAUUGUGGAGGAGGAGAGGACGGAGAAGCCAAAUGAUCCUGUGCCAGACCAUGAAGCCCAAAAGAAAAUCGGGCUGAUUGAAAGAGAAAACAAAAGCCUCUCAGCACGGCUAGCUAGUAUAUAUCGCGGAACAGGCAUGGUUGACUGCUGGAAUGAAUACCAACAGAAGAGCAAACUCCGACAGAAGCAGAACAUGGAAGUUGUGAGGAUUACCAUGGAGAACCAGGCUAUCCUCAAGAGGAUCAGAGAGCGAAAACCAACCUAUGAUCGGAGACAAUCUGAAUUGGACUGGCAGAAUUCAAGGAAAUAUCUGAGGAACACCACCUGCUUUCUAAUCUCAAACCGCGAAAAGCUAGGCUAUGCGAGGAAUAAGAACGCAUUUGGGGCUGCUCGACUAUGACAGCCAGGUAAUAGUACUCUCAGCAACUGGCUGAUAAACUUUAUUAAGAUUUUAGAAUAAAGCAUGAAACACUGGAAGCACAUCUUCUCACUUCUCUUAUUGAACGUCGGCAAGCACCAAGGCAUGCUUAAUAUAUGUAUACUUUCCACAAGAUUGUUCACAUUUAUGAAAGAAAAGGCUCAAACAACAAGCUUGAGCCAGUGGCAUCUUAGGGACAGAAAUAUUUUAUCGAAAG